AUUUGUUUCAUUGCUUUUAAGCGUCUGUGUGGGAGGCUCUGAAUAAGUCAAUGAGAGGACUUCAGUCAGAGAAGCACUGCAGAUCUACUGAGCAGAUCAGAUGACAUGCUCAGGAAAUUAACAAGAAGAGCUAUCAGAUUCUUUCACUAAGCCUUCUGAAAUCUGAGCCUCUGCAGAAGACUAAACCCUGGGGCCUUACCUACAGAAACGGACAGAAGCUUGUAUGCUCUCAUUUUCAAGAACCCAAAAAUUUUUUUAAAGGAAGAAGUCAACUUUGGCUUUGAGUGUUUGGCCUGGGUACAAUGCCUUUAAAAAGCAGAUGACCAGCUUAGCUACCGACCAUGCAGACCAUUGUCCGGAAUUGGAUCACAUCACACGAAAACAUCACAUCACACGAAAACAGCGAAUGGGCUUCUCUUACAGAAUAUCAGAACAGAGCAGAAUUCCUGAGCACAUUUUGCAGAGCUCCUUUCAUCACUUAAUCUUUGCUAACUGGUCUGAAUUACAGACAGAAUCGAUACCAGAGGAAAUGAAACAGACUGGUGAGCAACAGGGAAAUAAACCACGCUGGGCAGCUCUUCUGAUACUCCUUGUGAUAAUACCCACCAUUGGUGGGAACAUCCUUGUUAUUCUGGCUGUUUCACUGGAGAAAAAGCUGCAGUAUGCUACUAAUUAUUUUCUAAUGUCCCUGGCAGUGGCUGAUUUGCUGGUUGGAUUGUUUGUGAUGCCGAUUGCCCUCUUGACAAUAAUGUUUGAGGCUAUGUGGCCCCUCCCACUUGUUCUAUGCCCUGCCUGGUUAUUUCUUGAUGUUCUUUUUUCUACUGCAUCCAUCAUGCAUCUCUGUGCCAUUUCCGUGGAUCGUUAUAUAGCCAUCAAAAAGCCAAUCCAGGCCAAUCAAUAUAACUCACGAGCCACAGCACUCAUCAAGAUUACAGUGGUAUGGCUAAUUUCAAUAGGCAUUGCCAUUCCAGUACCCAUCAGAGGGAUAGAAAUUGAUGCAGGUAACCCAAGCAACAUCACCUGUGUGCUGACAAAGGAUCGUUUUGGCAACUUCAUGCUCUUUGGCUCACUGGCUGCCUUCUUCACACCUCUGGCAAUCAUGAUUGUCACCUACUUUCUCACUAUCCAAGCUUUACAGAAGAAAGCUUAUUUGGUCAAAAACAAGCAACCUCAACGCCUAACAUGGUUGGCUGUGUCUACAGUCUUCCAAAGUUCCAAAGAAACACCUUGCUCAUCACCUGAAAAGGUGGCAAUGCUGGACAGUUCCCACAAAGGCAAAACUCUGCCCAAUUCAAGUGGUAAGAUACAAAGGCGAAGAAUGUCCACAGUUGGAAAAAAGUCUGUGCAGAACAUUUCCAAUGAACAGAGAGCCUCUAAGGUUCUAGGGAUUGUUUUUUUUCUCUUUUUGCUUAUGUGGUGCCCCUUUUUUAUUACAAAUAUAACUUUAGUUUUAUGUGAUUCCUGCAACCAGACUACUCUCAAAAUGCUCCUAGAGGUAUUUGUGUGGAUAGGCUAUGUUUCUUCAGGGGUGAAUCCUUUGGUCUACACCCUCUUCAAUAAGACAUUUCGGAACGCGUUUGGCCGAUACAUCAGCUGCAAUUACCGGGCCAUGAAAUCAGUAAAAACUGUCAGAAAAUGUUCCAGCAAUACCUACUUCCGAAAUCCAAGGGCAGAGAACUCCAAGUUUUUCAUGAAACAUGGAAUGAGAAAUGGGAUUAAUCCUGCCAUGUUCCAGAGCCCAAUGAGGCUCCGCAGUUCAAACACUCAGGUUUCCUCAAUCAUUCUAUUAGAUACACUUCUCCUCACAGAACAUGAGGGUGACAAAACUGAAGAGCAAGUCAGUUAUGUAUAGAAGGAAUGUCAGUUUUCAUCUAAUUAAUAUAACAAUGAAUUAGGUGAUGAAGAUGAUAUAAAUGUACCAAGAAUUAUAAAAGAAGAACUUUAUGUCAUGUAUAAAAUCACCUCUUUAAAACAAGAGGUAUCUAUAAAGAUGUACAAUUUUCUUUAUUUGGACAAAACUACUCCAUGAAAAAAAUUAUUCUGUAUAGCUGAAAGCAAAAACAAUCCAGAAGUCUGGCUAAAUGUUAAGGUAUUCAAAUGAAAUAAAAUUAAGUAAAUCAGUAAGUUUCAGUCUUAAAAAUAAACAAUGUCAUUGUAAGAAUUUGUUUAGUUCCUAACUGUAUGAAAGCUGUGCUAAGAAUGAAAUAAGACAAAAAAGCAUUACCCUCUUCAAAGCCUUAAAAACACAAGGCGUAACACAGAACAACAAUGAGAGGAACAGAAGACUAAAAAUAAGUGCACAGAAUGAUCGCAUCUGGAGGUAAGCUAAGAUUGUCACUGCAGUCUGGCUCAGUUAAAGGCAGUCACGAUAUUGCUUUGAUCUAGAAACUUGUGACGGAAGGGGUAGGGAAGGGCGGUUGUUGGGUAUCACACAAAGUAAUAGGAUCUCGGAACUAGAGCUGUUUGUUAAAUGUCUGAUACCAGGUACAUCUACUCACCAGAAGUGGGUCUAACUUAGAGAACGAGAGGAUGCAAAUGAAAUCACUCCAGCAUACCUAAAAUUCAUUUUGUUCCUUGGAGAACAAGUACAAACUGGAAACACAGGAUCUUGAUCCAGGAACCUAAACUUUAAUGACCCCAUAAUGACCCCAACACUUGGCUAAACUGGCACAUUUUUUAUUCACCCUUUCCUAAUUUCACUGUGCACUGCUAGAUCUGGGAAUAAAUCCAAACUGUGUCACCA